UCUGUUCAGCGUUGAGUCAACGCACAGCUUGCACAGUCCCGGCGUCACAGUCUGGCGUGGUGCCCUGCCCAGGGGUGAAGAGAAGUUCCAGUUUUGAGCUUCUUACCGCGUGGCGAAGCUUGCUUUCCCGGCAGUCUCUGCUACCAUAGUUGGUGGUUUGUGGUGACGUUCAGGCUUGCAGCUGCGCAGUACGCCUACGUUGAUAGACGUCGCCCCCUAGACUCUAUUUCCCAAUGUGCCUCGCGGUGCCGUGAGGGGUUGCGGGUGUUGUAGUCUCGCCGCCCUUCGGGCUGGUCCAGCAACCCGCAGGAUGUCGGAGGUGCGGCUGCCACCGCUGCGCGCCCUAGACGACUUUGUCUUGGGGUCUGCGCGUCUGGCGGCUCCUGAUCUAGGCGAUCCACAGCGAUGGUGUCACCGCGUCAUCAAUAAUCUCCUCUACUACCAAACCAAUUACCUUCUCUGCUUCGGCACCAGUCUCGCUCUGGCCGGGUACAUUCGUCCACUGCACACCCUCUUGAGUGCCCUGGUAGUGGUGGUGGUUCUCGGGGUGCUGGUGUGGGCUGCUGAAACCCGCGCGCCUGUGCGCCGCUGUCGCCGCAGCCACCCGGCUGCCUGCCUGGCUGCAGUGCUUGCCGUUAGCCUCCUCAUUCUCUGGGCCGUGGGCGGCGCCUUCACCUUCCUGCUCGGCAUCACGGCUCCGGUGCUUUUGAUCCUGCUGCAUGCUUCACUGCGCCUGAGAAACCUUAAGAACAAGAUUGAGAACAAGAUCGAGAGCAUUGGUCUAAAGCGGACGCCAAUGGGGCUGCUCCUAGAGGCCCUGGGACAAGAGCAGGAAGCUGGAUCCUAGGACCCGGGAUCUAGACAACCCCCACCCCAUACCCAAGAUGGAGCCUUUUCUCAGCCAUUAAAAUACGAUCCUAGAGCCCUCUGGCCUGUCGACAAAAUAAGACACCUGUGAGUGCUUACUCCAACCCCAAACUAGUCAUCUCUUACUCUCCAGCCCCUAUGACCUAGUGACCAAAGUCUUCCUCAGUGCUGAAUUUGAGACUCAGUCACCUACAUCCGCCUUGAAACUGGGCUUUUAAGCCAGAGUAUCCAUGGCCAAUCUCAAAACAGGACCAAGAGCUACUCCCCUAACCCAAAUCUGGAACUCACUGGUCCUCCAUACUUCAAAUCUAGGGCCUGGAGCAGGACAUUCUCAAAUCUUGAGCUCUAAACUAACGACUUUUCAGACCCCAUCCAGCUUGGAACCCAGGUUAAGACAUGGCCAAAUCUUGAGCUUAAAUCCCAAGUGUCCUCAGCCCUGACCCCAAUGAACCCUUGAACCCAGAUGACCCUAACCCUCACCAGACCCAAUAGCCUCCCUCCAACUCUGUUUAGAAGUUUCCUCCCUCCCUACGUGUUCCUGGUAUUGAGGACCAAGGUGUGGGGCUGGCGAGCGAUAGCCCCACCUGGGAAUGGAGCACAUGUAUUAGUGCUUCUGCGACAAUAAAGCCGUUGACUCUCAAGCUAA